GGAGGCGGGGCUGGGCCCGCUCUGGUUGUCAUGAGAGCGGCGGCCGCGGCCCGGGCGCUGGUCGUAGGCUGGAGGGACUGCUCUUCCCCCUCCACCGACGCUGCGGCUCGCGGGGGCUGGCGCGCCCGGGGCUGCGAAGUCGGCGCUACCUGAGCUCCGCCGAGGUCGCGGCGCUGCCGGGGGUGGGCGGAAGGCUCUGGGGGUCGUGCGGGAGCCGAGGUCCGGCGGCCUUCCGUCCUGACAGCGAGGCUCGCACUGGCCGGUCUGGCGCAGCGACGUCGGCGCGUUGCCAGGCCCCCGUCCCCUGAAGGCGUGCUUCCUGCCCGUCGGAGCGGCCGGCGCCCGGGAUGCCGCACAAGAUCGGAUUCGUCGUGGUCAGCUCGUCCGGGCACGAGGACGGCUUCAGCGCCCGGGAGCUGAUGAUCCACGCCCCGACCGUCAGCGGCUGGAGGUCGCCAAGGUUCUGCCAGUUCCCACAAGAGAUCGUGGUGCAGAUGGUGGAGCGGUGCCGCAUAAGGAAGCUGCAGCUGCUGGCCCACCAGUACAUGAUCCCCAGCAAGGUGGAGUUCUACGUCAGCGAGAGCCUGCCCGAGUACUUCGCCCCCUGCCAGGCCGAGCGGUUCCGCAGGCUCGGGUACGUGUCCCUCUGCGACAACGAGAAGACGGGCUGCAAGGCCCGGGAGCUGAAGUCGGUGUACGUGGACGCGGCGGGCCAGUUCCUGAAGCUGAUUUUCCACCAGAACCACGCCAACAAGUACAACAUCUACAACCAGGUCGCGCUGGUGGCGAUGAACAUCAUCGGAGACCCUGCGGACUUCGGGGAAGAAAGCAGCCCCGCCUCUCGAGAGAAGCUGAUUGACCACUACCUGGGGCACAGCGCGGAGGACCCCGCUCUGGAAGGCACGUGUACGGGGAAGUCUGACUAUAUCUCCCCGCUGGACGACCUGGCCUUCGACAUGUACCAGGACCCGGAGGUGGCGCAGAUCAUCCGCAAGCUGGACGAGCGGAAGCGCGAAGCCGUCCAGCAGGAGCGGUACGACUUCGCCAAGAACCUGAAGCAAGCCAUCGCUGACCUGCAGAAGGUCGGGGAGCGGCUGGGCCGGUACGAGGUGGAGAAGCGCUGUGCGGUGGAGAAGGAGGACUACGACCUGGCCAAGCACAAGAAGCGGCAGAUGGAGCAGUACCGCAGCCGGGCCUACGCGCAGCUGCGGCUGCACAGCCUGGUGGACCCCGAGCUGGUGCAGAGGCCCUUCGACGUACCGCUGCAGCCCCUCGUGCGUCCUGGAAGCCCUCGCCGCCCGCCGCCGCCGCCGCCGCCAGAGGAGAGGGGGGCAGAAACCCGGCUCGCGGGACCCUCCCUGCAGGAACAGCCCUCGGCGCGCUCCCCGGACGGCGCCCCCCAGCCCCGCACUGCGGGCCCGCCGUCGCCGCCCGCCCCACACGCUCGCCUCGAGGCCCACCGCGAGCCCCUGCCCUAUGACGAGCGGCCGCUCCCCGCAGCCCGCAGGCUGCCCGGAGCGGCCCCCGGGGAGCCGGACAGGAGUGACGUGGACGCCGGCGAGGCGCCGAGAGGGGGCGCUCUGGGCGAGCCGGAGCCCCUGACGGAGAAGGCGCUGCGGGAAGCCAGCUCCGCCGUCGAGGUGCUGGGAGAGGCCUUGGUGGCCGGGGCCUACUCCAAGACGUGGUCGCACCGCGAGGACGCGCUGCUGGCGCUGCACGAGCGGCUGGCGGGCCUGCCCGCGGGGGCCCAGCGGGAGGAGCUGAAGAGCGCGCUGCGGGCGGCCGUCUUCCUCGUUAGGAGGGCCAUCCGAGACAUCGUGACCCCGGUGUUCCAGGCCUCGCUGAAGCUGCUGAAGAUGAUCAUCACCCAGUACAUCCCCAGGCACAGGCUAGGCAGGCUGGAGACGGCUCACUGCGUGGAGAGGACCGUCCCCGUCCUGCUGGCGAGAACCGGGGACUCGUCCGCUCGUCUGCGGGCUAUGGCCUCGAAUUUCAUUCAGGAGCUGGCCCUGUUUAAGGAAGUGAGAUCUCUCCAGAUGGUCCCGUCCUACCUGGUGCAGCCGCUGAAGGCCAACGCCUCGGCCCACCUGGCCCAGAGUCAGAUGGACCUGCUGGCCCGGCUGCUGAGGGACCUGGGCACCGACGGCACGGGCUUCACCGUGGACAACGUGAUGAAGUUCGCAGUGCGCGCCCUGGAGCACCGGGUGUACGAGGUCCGCGAGGCGGCGGUGCGGGUGGUCCUGGACAUGUACCGGCAGCACCGGGCCCCCGUGCUGGACUACCUCCCCGCGGACGACAGCACCGCGCGCAGGAACGUGCUCUACAGGACCGUCUUCGAGGGCUUUGCGAAAAUCGACGGCCGGCCCACCGACGCCGAGAUCAGGGUGGGUCCCCUCCGUGACGUGACGCUGCCGUCCCGGCUGGCGAGGCGGCCUGACGGGGCGCAGAAAAGAGCGGCUACAGAAGAAGCAGAGAAGCAAAAGAAAGAAGAAAUUAAGGUUCUACAAGGGCAGUUGGCAGCGCUGAGAGAAAUGCAGGCCGAGUUCCAGGAGCAGGAGAGCGGCGAGGCUGCCAAGGCAGAGGCUCCGGGUACGUCAGGCGCGCACUGCGGAGGUCCCGGGAGAGAGGCAGCCCCGCCCCGUGCUCCUGGCGCUCCGGAGAGCCACUGCCUGGAUAACCUGUGCAUCUUCUGCGGGGAGCGCAGCGCGGCCUUCACGGAGGAGGGCCUGGACCUGCACUACUGGAAGCGCUGCCCCAUGCUGACGCGCUGCGAGCACUGCCGGCAGGUGGUGGAGAUAUGCGGCCUGACGGAGCACCUGCUGACGGAGUGCGACCGCAGGGACGCGUUCGGCAGGUGCUUCCGCUGCAGCGAGGCCGUUCUGAAGGGCGAGCUGCCCGGGCACCUCAGGACCAGGGACUGUCACCCCGCCAAGCCGGAGAAGCUGGCCAACCGGUGCCCUCUGUGCCACGAGAACUUCGCGCCCGGGGAGGAGGCGUGGAAAGCCCACCUGAUGGGCCCCGCGGGCUGCACCAUGAACCUGCGCAGGACGCACGUGCUGCACAAGGCCCCGCCUCCGCCGCAGGGCAGAGGCCCAGCCGCGGCCAAGGCCGGGAGCUCGGGGCCGAAGGCGGGAAGCAAGAUCCCCACCCCAAAGGGGGGCCUGAGUAAAAGCUCUGGCAGGACCCUCACGAAGCGAUGACGCGACGGACCUCUGUCUCCUCGUCUCUGUGGGGACCGAGCAAAUAUCCCCCGUGAAAUCUCUCCUAGAAGCCAUCUUCGGGGGGGGGGGGGGCACAUGCAUGUGCUGCGCUGCUGGCCCCAGGGGCGCCGUGUGGGGACGACCCGAGAAGCGGCCUCCGGAGCUCGGACCCGGCCUCUGCGGCGCACCCGGAAACAAGCAGGUCUGUGCCGCCCGCAGCCGGGCCGCCCCGGAGCCGUGUGCUGCCCGGGGGGCCGGGAGCAGGUGGCGGGCGGCCGGGUGGGCGUGGGGCGGGGGUGCCCGGUUUCCGAGCUGGCUGCGCUGGAGACCUGCGUGUGUCGGUUGCCCCCGCCUCCCGCGGGGGCCGGUCUGCCGGGUUGGCGGGCGGGGCGCGAGCGUGUGCUCGGACCCCCCCCCCCCCCCCCCCGGCAGCGUCUGCACGGCCCGUGCUUCCCUCCGAGACAAGGAAUAAAGGUUAAGAAAACACAGCAGCUCCUGACAACCGGUCCCUCCAGCACUCACGCCUGGUGUCCGUCUCCCCCCGGCCCUCUGAGGACCACGGUGGGGUCCGGACUGUGCGGUCCCCUUUCGCACACACUCCGUGUGACACUGAAAGCCAACGCACCGCUCACGACGGCGAAACCAAACUCGAAACCCGUCUCCUGCCCGCUCCGGACCAGCCCCACGCACGGAAGUGGUUCCAGCGCCUCCUCUCGGGGCGCCUGGCGCAGCCGAGUCCGGGACCUGCUCGCCACCCCCGGCCUCCUCCCGCCCAGGCCCGUGCGCCCCGGCGCCCGGCCGCCGACACCACAGCGAGCUGGCCCUCGGCGUCCCGUCCUGUGGCCCGACGCCGCGGUCCGCUUCCUCGGAUGCCGAGAUAGUUACAGAGUAACCCGUUCGGGCCUCAAAAACGCGUUGGCCGUUUUCUAAUCCGUUUUCGAAGUACAGAUAAAACACUUUCAAACAGAAUAAUGAGAAAAGUUAACCAAGAGAUUUAUCUUUCCAGUCAAAAGUUUUAAGGCGUACAUACAUGUUUUCCAUAUAUUUUAACUUACAACUAUUUAUAAAAAUACUUAGUUUCUAGUGGUUGACAAAAUUGGGUGCAUUAGAAACAGGUUAGCCUUGCUGGUUACCAAAGAAUCGCGCGUUUGUGGCGGAGCGACCCAGGGUGGCGGCGGGCGGCUGGCAGACGCCGCACAGAGUUGCUGACUGUUAUGGCGCCGGAAACAAAGGCUAGAGACGUCCCGGGAACCGCAGGUGCGCCGGCCGUCCGAGAAGGUCUGACUGCAGGUGGUCUGACUGCCGGUGGUGACUGAUAGCUGAAUUUUUUCAUGACUCUGUUGUGGGUAUUUAACAACAUUUAUUUCUAUUUCAUACUUCAGAAUAUUCUACCUAAUUUAAAAGAAUUGUAUCUAUAAAUGGGCAUUAGAAUACAAUUGUAAAUCCUUUUGAUGAAAAUUUGCAACUGUUUGAUAUUUUAACAUAGUUUUCUAUUUGUUUUUAUUUCAGGUCAGGUGCCAGAGUUAUAAAAUAUCUGAGUAAUAUAUUUUUGUUGCUGUUUCAGGACUUAGUUCAUUCACCUGGAAUAUAUUAAUAUAAUAAAAAGAUCACUAAA